GAGAUGAUGAGCAAUAGCCCACUCUUCUCAAUGCGCCCCGGAGUCCGUUGUGGUGCUCUUCAGGUCAGCCGCUGGCGUCAGUCCCUGCUUUCGGCAAAGCCCUGCGACCACUUCGCCGCACGCAGCGCGGCCGUGGCAGUGAUGAGGGCGCUGGACGAGCCAAAGAUGUGGUCAGCGCAGCACAGCAAGGAGGGCAGGGAAUCGCAAGCCAGGAAUCUGAGGCACGACCCGCUUCGGGGCUGCCAGGAGAGCUCGAAGGACUGCAGCUCGGAGCUCCGGGAGCUACAAGAAGGUGGUGCGGAUUCGGAAAUUCCCCCUUGCUUGGGCGAGGAUGCCUUUGACAUCGAGGAGCGCUCCUGGGAACAGCAGCGCCGGCAAGUCGGCCUCGUGGGCCGACUGGUGGUGUACAAGGACAGCACGACGUUGCGGGAGGACUUCGUCUUGCGGCCAGGCCUCCGACAGUCAGGGGCUGUUGUUGCGAUGGUUCGUUGUCCGGGGCUGGCGGAGAAGGCUGGCAUCCAGGUGGGCGAUCGCUUGGUGUCUGUCAACGGAAAGCGUCUGCAGGAUGUCGCAGACUGCGUGAGCAUGGGGGUUGUCACGGACGUCGAGUUGCCGGCUGCGCUGGUCUUCAUGAGCAAGAUUGGGAAGGUCACCUCCGAGGUCCGGCUAGUCUCCUCUGCACCUGUUGAAAUGGACUUCACCCUGGCAAGCGACAAGGUUUGGGCUGGCGCACGCACGAAGUUUCUGUACCAAGAGGCUUCGUGUUUUCUCUACCGUUGA